GCGCUAAGGCGAAGGAACGUGUGUUAAGUCAUGCUGUAGACUUCUGUUUUUAAGCGUAAUGGGUGAGUCUAGUAAGAGUCAGCGGUCCAGUUAUGCUAACAGCAGCUCACAAACGUGUAGCAGUGGCUCUGGAGACGGUAACUUUGUGGAGGGCUCCAUUCUCCGCAUCACUAUGAAAAACUUCCUAACUUAUGACCACUCUGUGGUGUAUCCUGGACCCAAUCUGAACAUGAUCAUUGGAGCCAAUGGAACUGGCAAGUCUAGCAUUGUGUGUGCCAUCUGUCUUGGCUUGGCUGGGAAGCCUGCUAUCCUGGGCAGGGGCGACAAGGUUGGGGGCUAUGUCAAACGUGGAUGCAGCAAAGGAGCUAUUGAGAUUGAACUGUAUAAAAGUGGUGGUAACAUAGUGAUUAACAGAGAAAUCAUUGCGGAGAACAAUCAGUCAGUAUGGACGUUGAAUGGAAAACACUGCAACCAGAAAACAGUAGAAGAGGAGGUCAGGGCUCUCCAAAUUCAAGUUAGCAACCUCUGCCAAUUUCUGCCUCAGGAAAAGGUAGGAGAGUUUGCAAAGAUGUCCAAAAUUGAGUUGCUGGAGGCCACAGAGAAGUCAGUAGGACCGCCUGAGAUGUACGGCUAUCACUGUGAACUAAAAAAUUUCCGAACCAAAGAACGAGAAUUGGAGAACAUUGUGAAAGAGAAGGCUAGCUUCCUGGAGAAGGCCAAGCAGAGGAAUGAAAGGAACAAACAUGACAUGAACCGAUACUAUGAGAGGAAGAGACAUCUUGAUGUGAUUGAGUUGCUCGAGAAGAAGAAACCGUGGGUGGAAUAUGAGACCACCCGUAAGGAGCUCGAGGGUGUGAAGAAGGAGCGAGAGGAGGCUAAGAGGCGGCUCAAUGCCCUGAAGCAGGCCCAGGCACCUUUAGUGAAUAAGAUCCGGCUGAUUGAAAACCAGCUGAAGCCUACAGAGGCAGAAAUAAGAACUAAGACGGCCAACAUCAAAGAAGUGUCUCUGAAGUGCAAACAGAAACAAGAUCAGCUGGACCGGAAAAAUGAAGAGAUUGAUGACAUUAAACAAAACCAGAGACUGAAGCAAAUGGAAGAGGACGACAAACAAAAGCGCAUCAGUAACACCAAACGGACUAUUGAGGACAUGAGGGCAGAACUCGCUAAGAUCGCUGACCAACCGGAUGUGACACCACGAAUCAAUGAGGUCAACAAUGAGCUGAGGCGCAUUCAGGUUGAGAGAGCCAAAAUUGAAGGCGAGAAGUCCGACUUGCGCCGGGAAAAGGACAAUGUCUUAGCUGAGAUCAGAAGUUUGGGGAGAAAGCUCAAUGACAUGAACAACAUGAUGAAUGCCAAAGAGGAGAAGCUGCGAGGCCGCCACAGGGACACAUACACCGCCCUCCAGUGGCUCAGAGAGAACAGAAAUAUCUUUACAGGAAAUGUACAUGAGCCCAUGAUGCUGGUGAUCAACGUGAAAGACAACCGCUUCGCUAAGUACGUGGAGAACCACAUCUCAUUCCAUGAUCUGCGGGCGUUUGUUUUCCAGAGGAAGGAUGACAUGGAGAAGUUCAUGGUUGAGGUCCGCGACAGGAUGAACUUGAGGGUGAACUCUGUUUCUGCUCCUGAAGAAACGUGCUCCAAGCGUGAGCCAGCCAGAAAUAUUGACUCUCUGAGACGUUUUGGGUUCUUCACCUACCUCCGUGAGAUGUUUGAUGCCCCUGAGGAGGUGAUGAGUUACCUCUGUCACCAGUACAGAGUCCAUGAUGUCCCUGUAGGCAAUGAUCAAACCAAAGCCAUGAUAAAAACAGUGAUUGAAGAGCCCUACCUCAGAGUGCUUUAUACAACUGAGGAGAGAUACACGUUGAAGAGGUCUCAUUACUCCAACAAGAUCAGCACCAGUAACUCUGCAGUUCAUCCUUCUCAAUACCUCAGUGUCACUGUAGACGCUGAAGAGAAACGGAAGCUGGAGCAGAAGAUAAAGGCCUGUGAGUCAAAACUACGAGAAAUUGAUGAACGUAUGAAAGCCCUGCAAACAGAAGCUGCCUCUUUCGAUCGCCAGGACAAUGAGUUAUUGGCAGAGAAGAAAAAGCUGUCUGAGCUAAAGGGCAAGAAGAGACAGCUUGAGCAGAAAAUCACUACCAAACAGGACAGUUUGAGACAGAUGGAGAACACCGUGAUUGACCUUCAGAAGAUUGAAGAGGAGACUAAGGAGAAAAUUGAAGCAGUCAAUUUCCAGAAAGUGGAAAUAGUCAGGGUGAUCGUAGGCCAAAUGAAGCUCAGAGCCCAACUGAAUAUGCAGAAGGUGUACCUGGCUUUGGAGACAGCAGGGCUGACAGCUGAGAAGACCAAACUGGAGAAUGACUGUAGAGAAGGCACUUCAGAACUCAGAAACACUGAACAAGAAUGUAACCGCCUGGAGCAGAGGAAGAUUCAGCUGACUGAACAGUGCAAAGGCUUGUUAAAGAGAGCCAAGACCAUCUGCAGGAUGCAAGAUGACCAGGCAUUACCUGCAGAUCUUCGUAAUGCUUUCACUGAGCUUCCUGACACACUGGAUGAGAUUGAUGCCAUGCUGAAUGAGGAGCGCUCCAGAGCUGAGUGCUUCACUGGACUCAGCGAAAAUGUUGUUGAUGAGUACAACAGGAGAGAGCAGGAAAUCAAACAUCUGGAGAAGGAUCUGGAAGAAAGGAGCAACAACCUCUCUGCCUAUCGACAGAACAUAUCAGAGGCAAAAGAGCGCUGGCUGAACCCGCUGAAGCAGCUGGUGGAACAGAUUAACACCAAGUUCAGUGAUUUCUUUCGCCACAUGCAGUGUGCUGGAGAGGUCGAUCUGCACUCAGAAAAUGAGGAGGAGUAUGAUAAGUAUGGGAUUAGAAUUCGUGUAAAGUUUCACAGCAGCACUCAUCUCCAUGAACUGACGGCCUACCAUCAGAGUGGAGGAGAGCGCAGCGUCUCCACAAUGCUCUAUCUCAUGGCCCUACAGGAGCUCAACCGCUGCCCCUUCAGAGUAGUGGAUGAGAUCAACCAGGGAAUGGAUCCUGUAAACGAAAGAAGAGUUUUUGAUAUCGUUGUCCGCACAGCCUGCAAAGAGACAACAUCCCAGUACUUCUUAAUAACACCUAAACUGCUGCAGAACCUUGAGUACGCAGAUGAGAUGACCGUCCUUUGUGUUCAUAACGGCCCCUACAUGCUGCCCCCCAACCAAUGGAAUGAGAAGGCUCUGAUCAGGCGCUGCCUCAAAAGAAAACCCAGACAGUGAAUCCACUAGACCGAACUUUUUAUUCACAUCGACAUCAAUCUUUGACUUAAAAUCUCUUUGAACAAUAGAGAGAGAAACGGUUAUUAAUUUGUUCUGUGUAAGGAUCUUUCAGAAGCCUGACAUGUAGCUUCAAAUGCCAUCUUUCCUCAACAAAUCUACAGAAAAUAGAAUUAUGCUAUGAGCAUUUUUGUUGUUUUGUUACUUGCACAUUCUUCUUUUCAGCAAUGUUUUAACUUGAUGGAUAGUUUAAAAUCUGUCUAAACUGUUCUGACGUUACAGAGCAAUUGUUCCAGA